UCAGGCCAGCCUCUCUCUCCACCCCACCCCCUCUUUCUGGCGUCCAUCCCCUCCCCAACUCCACCUCUGCUGCUGCCUCUGGCUGUGGACCUGCACCUCUUCCCCAUCCCCGACAGGCCUGGGGAGCGGAGUGAGCCUGGAUGAGAGCUCCCACAACCUGGGGCUCUCCCAGGCCAUGGCCCCAGUGCUCCCAGGGAGGAGCCCCAGACCCUGAGCAUCUGCUGGAGGCUUGGCAGAGGCCCCGCGGGGACCGUGUCUUCUGAGGACAAAAGGCGGCGGCCAGCGGGCAGACAGGGAGGGGGAAGGGGGGACCGGCAGCCAGGUGGGCAGACGGGUAGCAGGGGUCAGUGCUGGCCCCCCUCUCAGCUUGGCGGUGGCGUGAAGAUGGGGGUGGGAGUGUGUAGUUGGGGAAGCACCUGCCUGGACCCCCACCUGCCAGCUAGCUGGGCACCCCAAGGCUGUGUGCUGCCCACCCGGUGUUCCCCAACACCCCCAGCCCUGUCCAGUGCACUCCUCCAGUGCCUGCUUCCCCUGAUGUCUGCGAUUUAGACCAGCCCGGCUGUAUCCACGGCAACAGAAGCAGGAGUGUCACUGGCUGCCAGAUCACGAAGGGUCCCACAAUGUGGCCUGGGCUGUGAUUUAUCCUGAGUGAGACAGCUUGAGCCCCUCCCUCGAUUCCAAGACAGCCCUGCUGAGAGAGCCUAGGUGCAGCCCAGCAGGACAACUGAUGGAGUCCCCCGGGGCCCAUCGAGUACCGGACUGGCUGACCCCAUAGGGUUGGGAGCAGCCCCUGCCCCUCAGUAUGGCCAACACCACUGGAGAGCCCGAGGAGGUGAGCGGCGCACUGUCUCCGCCAUCAGCAUCGGCUUACGUGAAGCUGGUGCUGCUGGGACUGAUCAUGUGCGUGAGCCUGGCGGGCAAUGCCAUCUUGUCCCUGCUGGUGCUCAAGGAGCGUGCCCUGCACAAGGCUCCUUACUACUUUCUGCUGGACCUGUGCCUGGCUGAUGGCAUACGCUCUGCCGUCUGCUUCCCCUUUGUGCUGGCUUCUGUGCGCCACGGCUCCUCAUGGACCUUCAGUGCGCUCAGCUGCAAGAUUGUGGCCUUUAUGGCCGUGCUCUUUUGCUUCCAUGCGGCCUUCAUGCUGUUCUGCAUCAGCGUCACACGCUACAUGGCCAUCGCCCACCACCGCUUCUACGCCAAGCGCAUGACACUCUGGACAUGCGCAGCUGUCAUCUGCAUGGCCUGGACCCUGUCUGUGGCCAUGGCCUUCCCACCUGUCUUCGACGUGGGCACCUACAAGUUCAUCCGUGAGGAGGACCAGUGCAUCUUUGAGCAUCGCUACUUCAAGGCCAAUGACACGCUGGGCUUCAUGCUUAUGUUGGCUGUGCUCAUGGCAGCCACACAUGCUGUCUAUGGCAAGCUGCUCCUCUUCGAGUAUCGACACCGCAAGAUGAAGCCCGUGCAGAUGGUGCCAGCCAUCAGCCAGAACUGGACAUUCCAUGGCCCUGGGGCCACCGGCCAGGCUGCUGCCAACUGGAUCGCUGGCUUUGGCCGUGGGCCCAUGCCACCAACCCUGCUGGGUAUCCGGCAGAAUGGGCAUGCAGCCAGCCGGCGGCUGCUGGGCAUGGACGAGGUCAAGGGUGAAAAGCAGCUGGGCCGUAUGUUCUACGCGAUCACACUGCUCUUCCUGCUCCUCUGGUCACCCUACAUUGUGGCCUGCUACUGGCGAGUGUUUGUGAAAGCCUGUGCCGUGCCCCACCGUUACCUGGCCACCGCUGUUUGGAUGAGCUUCGCCCAGGCUGCCGUCAACCCGAUCGUCUGCUUCCUGCUCAACAAGGACCUCAAGAAGUGCCUGAGGACUCACGCCCCCUGCUGGGGCACAGGAGGUGCCCCGGCUCCUAGAGAACCCUACUGUGUCAUGUGAAGCAGGCUGGUAGGCAGACAGGCAGGGAGAAAGUCAGGGCCACCAUGAUGGGGCCAACAGAAGGGGAGAGGUGGGGCUCCAUACAGGAGCCUUUCUUUCUGAGCUCCAGCCCCAGCCCCUCGAACCACCUGGAAUCUAGGCACCUUUGCCAGCACCUCCCCAGGGUUGGGGACUGGGUGGGGGACUAGGAAAGAGGCAUUUCUAGUUCUGUGGGGCCCGUCUCCGCCACCUCCUUCUCCACUUCUACAAUCUCUCUCUCUCUCCCCCCCCCCCCACCUCUCUCUCUCACACACACACAGAAGUGACAAUUCAGAAAAAAAAAACCUGAAAAUGCAGGUUUUUCUACUCACAGCUGAGGAGACAGGCUUUCUUGCUUUAAUGUCUCUCCUCUGACAUUGUCCAGAAGGGGUAAGUUUGUCCUGUAAAAUAGACUUCCAGAGCCCUUAUUGUCCCCUCUGCUCCCACGUACCCUCCCCUUCCAAGUCCUUUAGCAAGGCCUGGAUGUUUAGGGAGAAAUUGAUCUGCUGACAAGAGGGACCGAAGGGCGUGCUGGGUUCCCAGGGAGCAAGGAAUGUUUAAUUGCUACGUUGUGUGCAAUGUUGUUUUAGGCUAACCCUGGUCCCAAGCCCGGUCUUUUCUCUGUCCCCACCAUGUCCAGACCUCCCAAGUGUUUCUUGAGCAUCUGUUUGAGAAGCCAGGAGGGGAGGGAGAAGGGCUUCUGGGAUGGGCCCAGGUUAGGUGAAGAGCAGGAUGUGAGUACAUGCCUUGAGCUGAAGAGACCCCAGCUUGGCUGCAUUCUCUCAAGCUGCUUCCUGGAUCCCCGUCCCCCAACUCUUCUUCUUGAGGAUGGAAAUCCACUCCAACCCCAUGGAAGUGUAGGGAGAAAGUCAAACUCUCCAGAAUGGCUGGAUCCCAAAGGCUGGGGUCAGAGUGGAAUUCAACCCCAGAAUUGUCUCCUGAGUUCAUGAUACUCUCCUGAAGAUGAAAAUUCUUUGAGGGCCUUGGUAAGUCAUAGUGGUAUGAACUCCAAGGCACUGUGGACUUGAGUCCAUUCCUCUCUGAUCUCUUUUUGUCCCCCUCAAGCCUCAGGAGCCUCAAGCCCCUCUGUGGUAACCCUUGGCCUUCUGGGCCCUCAGCCCCCAACUUCCUUGCGCUGAACAGCCCUUCCUCUCUUCCUCCCUCCACCAUUACUUCCACCCCAAGCGGAGCAGACUGCAGCCAGAUUCCCCAGGUGGGAGAUCCCAAGCCUCCUUCCCAGGGCAGAGUCCACUCUGGGCUCCCAUCAAGUCUUAUGGACUGGUGAGCCAAACUGGCAUUCUUUGCCUGGUCUUGCCCAAGUUCUCUGUCCCCCUCUCAUCUCCUGGGAGAGAGGGAGAUCUGUAUUUAUCCACCCCCUUUCCCUUCCCUACAGAAGCCCUUGUCCUACACUCCCUCCCUACUCCAAGACAGCUCCAGAACUGGGCAAGCCUUGACCCAAGAGGGGUGGAGAAGGUACUCUAGGCAGGAGAGACAUGAAUGAGCCUGGCUAUGGAGUGGCCCUGGAAAGGCAGGCCAGAGUGGCUGAGAGGCUGGGGGUGGGGGGUACCUGUUCUCUCAGUGAUAGU